CACACCUCUUAUAUUUUGCGCCACACCCAAGUCUUCUUUCUUUCUUUCCCACGUGUACUGUGUACAGGCGCCAUUAAAGAUAGAGGGUCACCAUGACUCGUAUGGGUAAUCAUGUUAUUCCUAAUGCUCACUUCAAGAAGCAUUGGCAGAGAUACGUCAAGACAUGGUUCGACCAACCAGCCCGCAAGAAGAAAAGAAGAAUGAACAGGCUCAAGAAAGCAGCAAAACUGGCUCCUCGUCCAGCUAAAGGACCUCUUCGUCCUAUCGUUCAUUGCCCUACUAGGAAGUACAAUAUGAAAGUCAGAGCUGGCAAAGGAUUUUCUUUUGAAGAAUUAAGGGCUGCAGGUAUACCGCCUCGUGUUGCUCCCACGAUUGGCAUUUCAGUUGAUCAUCGUCGUCACAAUAAAUCUUAUGAGUCACUUCAAACAAAUGUCCAGCGUCUCAAAGAGUACAAGACUCGUCUCAUCCUCUUCCCAAGGAAAGGCAAGAAACCACGCAAAGAAGACAGUGAUCUUGAAGCUUGCAAAUUGGCUAAACAGCUCAAAGGUCCAGUUCUUCCCAUCAGACAGCCUCGUAAGGUCUUUGAGUUCCGAGCCAUAACUGACGAGGAAAGGAAAGAAAGUGUUUUUGAGGCUCUUAGGAAGGCAAAGGCAGACUCUCGUCUCGUUGGUGUCCGUGAGAAGAGAGCAAAACAGAAAGCCGAAGAAGAGAGACAGCAGAAGAAGCCUCCAACUAAAUAAAGACUAAUUUAAUGUUUUCACAAUAAUAAUUAUUAUUAUGUAGUCAGACUAAAAAUUAUUAUGAUAACAAAUGAUGGUUUUCUGACAACGCCUCAAAA